AUGGCAACCGCUUUCAAUUUACAGGCAUUCUUGCUUCAUCCCUCGGCCGAAGCACUUGAGCGCUGUAAAAAGAAGGAUCUAUUUGAGGUUGCCGAUCAUUUUGAGAUUUUGUAUUCCCGUCAGAGCAGCAAGGCCGAACUCAAGGUGCUGCUCCUGGAUGGUUUGGUGGAGAGGGGCUUGCGUUUGAUCCCAGAGGCUGAGAGGUCUGAUGAGAGCAUCGUGCAUGCGACUACCCCGAGACGUACGGAGACGCCUGCGGAUGGCCCUCCCGGAGCGGAGCGUGAGUUUGUAGAGGGCGAUGCGCGGCCUGAACCACCGCGCACUCCUCCUCGCUACGGGCCGCCCUCCCCAGCUCCUUCCUCUCCCGGCUCAGUUGGUGGUGCUCGGCGCGCUUUGCGGCUGGCACGCAUCAAGAUGGAGGCCGAGCAGAAGGAUCGGGACCGCAGUGCCGAGCUCGAACUGCAUAUACGGAGGCUUGAGAUCGAGGCUGACAAAGCUGUGCGCCUCAGACGCCUUGAGCUGGAGGCCGAAGGCCGCCUCCCCAGUCCUACUCAACGCCCGGGCGUCGCUGCACCUGCCACAGCCCUCUCCCCAGCUGUUCAUGACUCUCUUGACCCUGAUCGUCCACGCUCUCCUGGAACCUCCACAAGGGACAGAGUCUGCUUCUACUGCCGCGAGCCCGGACACGUAAUCGCAGACUGCCCUACUCUCAGACAAAAGGAAGAGAGUGUGUUACGGGGAGUUGAGAUGGGCUACCGCCCGCGGCCCGUUCACUCUGUUCAUGUCCAGUCAAACCUCGUUACAGGAAAGUUUCCGUUAGCUGUUGUCCCUGCGCUACCCAUUGAAAAUGUAGACAUGAUUUUAUGUAAUGAUUUGGCAGGGGGCAUGGUGUUUCCUCCCCUGUUGGAGGCGGUUCUGUCCCCGCUUGUGUGUGCCUCUGAUCGUCAGAUGCCCACGGGUUGUGCUGUGGCGCACACCCGUCCUCCAGAACAGUGCGGUUGUAGUCUGCCCGCCAGUCCAGUGAAACCACGAGUACCGCCGCACUUUACUCCACCCGCCACUUCUGUACGGAAGCACAAGGCUAGGGCCACCAGGCUUGGGUCAGGCGAGCGGCACUUUCAGCACCAUGGAGAGCGUUUUGGCUCUCGCUCUGCAAGUUUCAGUUCGCGGCCUUGA